UGGCUGCAAUGGCCAGGACUGAGUGAGGCUGAGGCAGGAGCCCUGAACUCUAUCCAGACCUCCCACAUAGAUGGCAGGGGCCAUCUGCUGCUGCUUUUCCAGGUGUAUUAGCAGGGAGCUGGAUGGGAAGUAGAGCAGACAAGACUUGCACUGGCCCUCAUAUGGCAUGCUGGAGUUCUAUGCCAUGGCACAACCUGCUGCACCACCACACCAGCCCCUAUCUUUGGUUUUAGAAGAGAGGAAUAUCCCAGCAGUAAGACCGCUAUUGGGUAAUGCAACAGGAAAACCUAUUUCUGCCCCUAUUUCAGCUGAUAUGGAAGGUGGGAAGAAGAGGGAUGUCAAGUGCUAAGGUCCAGACUGCCCCAACAGCCACAAAGCGACUCACGUUGCAAUUUUAUCCUGGCAAAGUCACCCAGUGACGUCCACAAAGCCUUGUUUACACAUUUCAGUUAAAGCUUGAAGAGCAAGCAGUCAUCUCAUGGCAUCCGUAAUAGUUCUGGGGAUUCUGACAGCAGUGACAUUUUAGAGAAAGAAAUGCCAGGGCAAGCAUCAAAGAGAUCGACACUUGACACCGUGCGCUCUUGGCAAUAUUCAGGAGACAAUCAUUCCGCCUUUGUCUUCCUCCUACUGUUUGCGGGUGUUUUUGGUUUUGGUUUUGUUUUUUUGAGACUGGUUAGCAUCUCUUUGUGGUCAGGUGUACCUGGCUUUGCCUGCUAGUGACUCCCUCGUGGUUCUGAGGUCCACACCAGAGUUAUUUUAUCUAUUUGCAGUGGGGAACAAUUAAAGCCUGCGCAGAAACAUGAGGCGAGAGGGAGAUAUAGGGUUACUUCCUUCAGUAACACACUCCGCUGAGCAGAGACAGGUGAACAGAAAGUCUCUGUGCAGGCUUCCGGAUGUGGCCCUAGUAGACGCCGUGGGAGGACGAGGACUGGACUUGGAAUCCUGACGCUGCACGUUACGGGGGGUCUGGCAGUGCUGCGUGUUGAGAAGAUGUGGAUGACCCCCGCUGGUGCUCGGAGACCUUGGGGAUGACCUGCGCCCACUAGCAUGCCUGGAUGGUUCAAAAAGGCGUGGUAUGGGCUGGCGUCUGUGCUCAGCUGCUCCUCCUUCCUCCUGAUCCUCGCUGCCCUGGCGGUACCCCACUGGCUCAGUGGGAAAAUCCUUUGUCAGACUGGAGUGGAGCUGGUCAAUGCCACGGAUCCAGAGCUGGUCAAAUUCAUCGGAGACAUUUACUACGGGCUCUUCCGAGGGUGUAAGGUGCGACAGUGUGGGCUCGGUGGACGCCAGUCCCAGUUCACGAUCUUUCCUCACCUGGUGAAGGAACUCAACGCAGGCCUUCACGUGACGAUUCUGCUGCUCCUCUUCCUGGCCUUGGCUCUGGCUCUGGUCAGCAUGGGCUUUGCCAUUCUCAACAUGAUCCAGGUCCCCUACCGGGCAGUCAAUGGCCCCGGGGGCAUCUGCCUAUGGAACGUCUUGGCAGGUGGAGUCGUGGCUUUGGCCAUCGCCAGCUUCAUGGCAGAGGUACAAUUUCACAACUUGACGGAGCGAAUUGCAAACUUUCAAGAGAGGCUGUUUAAGUUUGUGGUGUUGGAAGAGCAGUACGAACAGUCCUUUUGGAUCUGCGUGGCUAGUGCUUCGGCUCAUGCUGCAAACCUGGUCGUGGUGGCCAUCAGUCAAAUUCCCCUCCCUAAGAUCACAACCAAAAUCGAAGAGGCCACAGUCACGGCUGAGGAUAUCUUGUAUUAGCAGCCUUCUUCUGCCCCACCCUCCCCUAAGUCAGCUCUGAAGUGGGAUGGAGGCCUUCCACUCCGUGAUGUUCCUGUUCUCGGCAGGAAGAAGAAAGAUAUGGAGGAACCAAGGGUGGUGGCUGGGACAGAAAAGAAAAACUUUCCUGGGACCCCUGGCAUCUUUGCACCUCUCCGAGGACUUUGGAGUUGACAGGUGGUGACUGCCACUUGCCGGCUCUGUGUGACAUUGGGCAAGUCCCAUGUCUGCUUCUCAGUUUCCUCGUCUGUCAAAUGGGAUUAUAACUAUAUUUCAUGGUUGUCCUGAGAUUCCAAUGGGUGAUGACGUUGCCAGCCUUUGUAUACUGAAGAAUGCUCUACAAAUAGGAGGUUCUAUAUACAGCUGUCUCUGGGUAUUCAAGGGAAUUGGUUCCAAGACCCACCGAGUAUACCAACAUCCCAGCAUGCUCAAAUCCUUACUAUAAAAUGGCAGAGUAUUCAUGUUUGUGUACAACUGAUGCAUAUCUCCCUGUAUAUUUAAACCAUCUCUUGAUUAUUUAUAAAAUCUAAUACAAUGCAAAUGCCAUGCCAGUAGUUGUGCUGUAUUGUUUGGGAAUCAUAAGGAAAAGAAGUGGGCAUGUUCAAUACCGAUGCAACUUUUUUCAAAUAUUUCCAAUCUUCAAUUGGCUGAAUCCAAGGACAUGGAGCACAUGGAUAUGGGUGGAUGACUACUACCCUGUAAACGUCCAUAGAUCCCUGACCUAUCCCACACAGUACAGGGGGAGGAAUGCAAAGAGGCAGAGGAUUAGAUCCUCAACUUUCAGAAGUGCCCAGUCUAUCCAGCUGACAUAAGAAUUAAUGACAAUAAUAGCACUAAGAAGGAAAACAGUUACCAUAUAUGCUGCACAUUUUCUGAAGGGUUUCACAUAUAACUCAAUAGGUUCUCACUACAAACAGGUGGAAGGUCCUAUGUUAGCGCCAUUUUACAGAUGAAGAGGCAUAAAGAGGUUGGGUAACUUGCUGAGGUCAGGGUUAGACCUGGAAAGUGUGGAAUCACUGUUGAUACGUUGUUUGAAGCAAGCCCAGUUGCAACACAAUGAGACAAAGCAUACCGUAGUAUAGGCAUAAAGCCAUAAAGCGCCGAGAAAGGAAUCAAAUCUUCAGGAUGGGAUGUGGUAUUAAAAUGCCACACUAUUAACAUUUUAUCUGAACUUUGAAAGUGAGUGGACUUUUUCCAGUGGUGAAGGAGGCAAGGAUGGGGAAGGGCUCGCCAAGAUGAGGAAGCUGGGUAGACAAAGGACAUGAAAUUACAAAGAGGACCGGGAGCACGUGAAUACAGAGGGAUGAGACUGUUGCUCCCAUCAACCUGAUGAAGAAACCUGCUCUUUGGAGUUGGGUUUUCCUAAGUGGUACCGGCUGGGCUUUCGUACCCAGUUAUUUGAUCAAAUCCUAUUCUAGGCGUUUUUGUGAAAGUAUUUUGAUGAAAUUAGCAUUGAAAUCUGUAGACUUUGAGUAAAGCAGGUUACUGUUCUUAACGUCUGUGGGUCUCGUUCAAUCAGUCGAAGGACUUAAUGGGGAAGAAACUGACCGUCCCUGAAGGAUAAGAGGCACUGACAGCAGACAGCCUAAAGACUCACACCACAACUCCUCCCUGAGUCUCCAGCCUGCUGGCCUACCCUGCAAAUUAUGAACUUUCCAGCCUCUGCAACCAUGGGAGCCAAUACCUGAAAUAAACUCUCUAACUCUACCUGUACCCAAGGCUAUACUUACAUCUUUAUCUAUGUCUAUGUAUCUACCUCCAUAUCCUUAUCCAAAUCUCUAUCCAUAUCCAUAUCUCUAUGUCUAUGCCUAUAUCUAUAUCUGUAUACAUAUCUACAUCUAUAUCUGUAUUCACAUCUAUAUCCAUUUCUAUAACUAUGUAUGUUUAUGUCUAUAGUCUGUCUAUAUAUCUGUGUCUAUUUGUAUCUCCCUAUAUCCAUAUCCAUAUCUAUUUCAUAUAUACCUAUCUAUAUAUCUAUAUAUUUAUAUCCAUAUCUAUCUGUAUCCAUAGCCAUAUCCACAUCCAUAUUCAUAUCUGUAUCUAUAUCCAUAUUCAUACCUAUCAAUAUAGAUAUAGACAGAUAUAGAUACCAAUGACUCUCAGUAUCUCCCAGAGAUUUUUUCCAGGAGCCUUUGUGGAUACACAGAUCUGUGGAUACUAAAGUCCAUUAUAUAAAUGGUAAAACAUUUGCAUGAAAUCUGUACACCUCCUCCUAUGUACCUUAAAUCAUCUCUAGCUUACUUAUGAUACCUAAUACAAUAUAAGUACUAUUAUAUAAAUAGCUGUCAUACUGUAUUGUUUAGAUUAUAAAAAGAAAAAAGUCUGUACUUGUUCAGUACAAAUACUGAAGCAUCAUAGUCCUAACUACGUAUUUGAUCCUCAGUUGAUUAACUCCAUGGGUGCUGAUCCUGUAGGUAUAGAGGAGCAACUAUGUAUAGGUACGUAUGUGUAUACACACACAUAUAUGUACAUUCACACACAUAUAUAUAAAUGCCACAUGCACAUGCAUCUAUAUACACCAUCACACACAUAUAUACAUGCAAAACUAUAAAUGCACACAUAUAUACAUACAUAUAUGUACAUACGUGCAUGCACAUAUAGACAAAUGCCACACAUAUACACAUACAUAAGUAUACAUGCGAACAUAUACACACGUGCACAUGUGCACACACAUAUGCUCACACAUAUAUACAUAUAUACAUAUAAACACACACAAAUACAUGCACUCAUACUCAUAUGUACAUAUAUACACACACGAUGGUUCUUUUAUUUUGACUAUAAUUAAUUUUGUCAUUUUAUAAAUAAGUAAAUAAUUAAAUAAGUAAAUGCUGAUCCAGUUUCAAUUUUACCCAACCUGAUUAUUUAGACCAUCCCUCCAGGUGAUGUUUAGCCUUUCUGGGAUAAAACACUUGGUUCCUCAGAUAAUCUCCCUUCUGAAGAUGAAUCUAGGGUUAUAGGAGAAGGAAGCACGUACAUGUCCUCAUUUCCCCGAAGGGGACCCUAACUUCCUGCUGGUCCAAGGAGGUGCAGUGGCUGGACCCCUCCACCUGGCUUCUCUGUGCCCUGCCAGUCUUUCAUGGAAGUCUGACACUGGAAUAAUUUAUGAAAUAUUCUCUGAACUGAUCAGGUUAUGGUCACUGCCUAAAAGACUUGGCCUCAUUUAGAAUCCCAUUGGCUGCAGACCUGUGUGUGACCACUGAGUACUCCCUCCAACUCACCUACCCAUUGAUCUACCCCAGGCUCUGUUAUAGAGUCUCCCCCUGCUGCCUGGGCCACCCAGGAGACUGCCUGGCCUUAACCCAGCAUCUUGCCCCUUGGGGUGUGGGGGCCCCUCUUUCAAAGCAACCAAGGUGGUCCAUAGGCUAUUAUUUCUACUCCUGAAUUUCACACUUGAAAGAUUCCUUGCUGCUAACAUAAAACAUGAAGUAAACUCCAUUUAAAAAUUAAAGCUCUUGAUUUUCAAAGUCACUAGAAUGGGCUGUAAGCAUUGAAGGGUUAUGAAAGUAAAAUCUCAGACUUGGAGCACAUUGAUGUUGUUAUAUUUUUCCCACAUCUGGAAAGGAAAAAAAGACCACCAAGCUCCUUUCCUGCCUAAUGCUUCAAGAGCAGCUCUGUGGUGUCUGAAGGUUGAUAGGAGUAAUGUGUCAAGGGAUCUCAGGUGUGGCCAGCCCACUCCAACCCUCUGCUCCUCCUUUAUAAUAAAGGACACACUAGGUGAGAUGGCCUCCGUCUUGUGUGGACCAGACACUGUAUGUACUUCCUCCCUAAUUCUGACAGCAAUUAUUGAGAUAAACAUUAUUAAUUUCAUCUUAUAGAUGGGCAAUUUUAGGUUUCAGGAACUUAAAUUUCUCAGCCCAUUGCUGAGAUUCAAACAUCCAUGUGAAGUCAAAGCCACCAUAUUUCCCUGGUCUGUGAUCACCUCUCUCUCUCUCUCUCUUUUUUUUUUUUUUUUUUUACUUAUAUGUCAGGUAGAAUUAGACAGUGAGAGAGAGAGACAGAGAGAAAGCUCUUCCUUCCGUUGGUUCACCCCCCAAAUGGCUGCUAUGGGUGGCGCUGCUCCCAUCUGAAGCCAGGAGCCAGGUGCCCCUCCUGGUCUCCCAUGCAGGUACAGGUGCCCAAGCACCUUGGCCAUCCUCCACUGCCCUCCUGGGCCACAGCAGAGAGCUGGACUGGAAGAGGAGCAGCCGGGACUAAAACCCGGUUCCCAUAUGGGAUGCCGGCACCACAGGCAGAGGGUUAACAAGUGAGUCACGGUGACGGCCCAUGAUCACCUCUCUUGAGUGACUCUUGAGGCUGCUUCCCAAGGCUUCUGCAGAUGACUGUGCAGGUAACACUUGCCCAAGGAAAGCACCAGCACUGGGCAAGUAACUGCUCUGGAGCCCGCUCCUGGGUUUGCCCUGGCCUGCACCCGCAGGGACACUUCCACCCAGAGGGGACACCUGUCUAAUGGCCUGUCAGUGCCCUCUCCCUUCUAGCCUACCAAUCCAUGGAAAGUUAAAAAGUUAAUCACAACAUUAUUUUAUGAUAUUGACUAGGGUGUGAUAAAGAUGACAAGUUCCGUUGUCCUUUAAAGUUAGCUAUCAUAUGCAUACAUUUAUAUGCUGACUAAUAAUAUGAUAUCACUAAUACUAACUGCGGGAACCAAAGCCAAUCAAAUGUAGCCAUAAUUAAGAAAAAAAUCAGUUAUCAGUAAAAAAAAUCUACUCUCUGUUCACUCUGCAAAAACUGAGCAAUAUGUGAUGUUCAUACAAUCAGUGAAAUUGUAAUUAAUGAAAGACUUUUGGAUAGCAAGAACCCUUCCAUGUCAAAUCAAAGUUUCAAAUAUAAUUCUCUCUCUUUCCAGAAAAUACGAAAUUCCCUGAAGACUUAACUUACCAGUUCUUUGCACUUCCAAAAGCAUGUAAUAAAAUUGCUAACUCUCCUUUACCCUCUAAAAAAAAAUCUCAUUUUAUAUAUUGAAAGGUCAGUGAGCAGUAGUUGAUAAUUAAUAAGAAUGAAUGCAUGCUUUAGCAAAAGUUGGCAACAUAAUCGAAAAUGAGAAUUGCAUUAUUGUCUCACUCUAGAGGUCAGAAGUCCAAAAUGAGUCUCACUAAGGUGAAGCAGGAUGUUUCCUGGCCUCUCCCCACUUCUGAAACCAUUGCCCAGUUUAGGGUUCAUUACAGCAAUAGCAUCUGCUUGACCAUAUUGCCUCCUGCUCUCUCUCUCUCUCUCUGUCUCUUUUUCUCUGUGGGUAUGCAAACCUCUGUGUGUGCAUAAAUUUUUGCUGAACCAUUAAGAGUAAAGUGCAAACCUCUGAACACUAUAGAGUCUAUUUUCUAAAAAGCAAAGUACACAAGCAGUGAUCAAAAUAAAGAAAGUACACUGGCCCGGUUCUGUUAUCUAAUCUAUAGACCAUAUUCCAAUUUGGCAGUAAUUCCCCUUAUGUACUUUAUAGCUUAUGGAUCCUUGUUCAUUCUCAUUCAUUCCGUCUCUCUCUCUCUCUCUGUUUCUCUCUCUCUCUCUCUCUUUCUUUUUUUCUCUCUCUCUCCUGAUGCAGUUCCAGGUUGCAUUUUGUCUUCAUAUCUUAUUAGUCUCCUUUAAACUAGGGCAGCCCCUUCGUAGUCCUUCUUUGUCAUUCAUGACCUCAAUAUUUUUGAAUGACACAGUUCAUUUAUUUUACAGGAUGUGCCUCACUUUGGCCACGUUUGAUGCUUCCUCCUGGUUAAAUUCAAAUGUGCAUCCUUGGCAGGAACUCCUCCUCAGAGGCACUUUUCUAUCUUCUUGUCCAACUACUGGUGGUGUUAACGUUAGUCACAUAGGAAGUGGCACUGCCACUUUCUCCAUGGUAGUUACUACUUGCCUGUUGUAAUUAAUCAGUGUCUUCUUGAGAAACAUUUUGACACCGUGCAAAUAUCUCACACAUUAGUUUUGUAUCCAUUCGUAAUUCUUGUCUGAAACGAUUGUUACUAUGGUGAUUGCCAAAUGGUUCUUUUCCUAAUUUCAUUAUUUCUUCUGUUUUUUAAAGUUUUAUUUAUUCAUUUGAAUGUCUGGGUCACAGAGAAAGAGGUAGAGACACAGAGUGAGAUAUCUUCCAUCCACUGGUUCACUCUCCAGAUGGCCACUCAGCCAGCACUGGGCCAGGCCAAAGCAAGAGCCAGGAGCUUCUUCCAGGUCUCCCACGUGGGCUCAAACCCCUGGAUCAUCUCCUGCUUUUCCCAGGCCAUUAGCAGGGAGCUGGAUUGGAACUGGAGAAGCUGGGACUUGAACUGGUGCCCAUAUUGGAUGCUGGCAUCACAGGUGGCAACUUCACUGGUGCCACAAUGCUGGCCACUAUUUCUUCUACUUCUAUGAAUUGGCAUUCAACUAUAAGGAAGAGCUUUCUCUUAUGCCUCAUUUAUUCAUAUAUUUCUAUCAAUAUAGACUUGCCUCUCCCUCUCUGUAACCCUGCCACUCAAAUAAGUUAAAUAGGUCUUAAAAAACAUACUUUGGGGAUAUCCAUUUAACUCUGUGGCUUACUAUCCAUUACCAUUAUUCAUUUUGAUGCUCAAAUUGUCCCAAAUUUUGCCAGUGAGAGCUUCUUUUAGCUAGUGUCUAUUCUUUGUGAAAGGGUUACACCAUUCAUUCUUUGAGCACUUCUUUGCCUAUGGCACAGCAAGAUUCUAGAAGAUUCUUUGCUCUUCUAAGACUUUCCCUCUCCCAGCCCUGGAAUCAUUAUGGCGGUGUUUUGAGGUAGGGUACCAUCAUUGCACCUACUUAAUAGAACCUCAGAAGUUGGAUAAAAUAAUGGAAGAAUGAAGGAACUCUAUAACAUUUAGUGCUACACAAAAUCAUAGGGAAACCUUCCAUGAAUUUCAACUGGGCUCUUGUGAUCUAAGACCACUUUAACUCUUACUUUGGAUUAGGAACCACCGGCACAGCCACGCUGGAGGUUUGACCAAUUUGACAACUCUGUUUGCCAACCUCAUCCUUGAAAAGCAACAGAGGAAAGGGAGAAGCUGGCAUUAACAGACCGCUGCAGCACCCCCUAGAAAACCAAACACACCACAAAGCAGGUCAUUACUUGUCAAGCUCUUAGUGAAAAUAUGAUUACACCUACUUUUGAAAGUCUUUAAAUUUUGAGUUUUAUCAAAAACACAUCAUAUGAAUUUCUUAAGCAUUAAUUAUCUUUGGUGAAUAUGAAGCAUCCUUGCCAAAUGUUUACUGAGUGACAUAUUUUGUAUUGUUCACUGAAAAUAUAAGUUCCAUCGUGGUGUAACAAGACAAUUUAAAGAAUUGUCUUAUCCCAAUACUCAACAUUUUUUACCAGAUUUAUUUACUUGAGAGGCAGAAAGAGAGAGAGAGAGAGAGAGAGAGAGAGAGAUCUUCCAUCUGCUAUUUCACACCCCAAUGACUAUAAAAACCAGGACUGGGCCAGACUGAAGCCAGGAGCCAGGCACUCCAUCUGGAUCUCCUAUGGGGGUGGUAAGGACCCAAACACUUGGGUCAUCAUCUGCUGCCUUCCCUGGUGCAUUCGUGGAAGCUGGAUCUGAAACAGAAUAGCCAGGACUCCAACUUGCACUCUGAUAUGGGAUGCUGGCAAUGGCCUAACCUGCUGUACCACAACACCAGUCACUAACAUUUUCAACAGUUGUAUUGAGAUAUAGCUCCUACACCAUAAACUUCACAUACAAUAAGAGAUUUAAAACAUACAACUCAGUGGUUUUCUGUAUAUUUAGAGUUGUGUCACAUCAUCACAAUUUUAGAACAAUUUUCAUUAUUCCCACAGAAUCCCAUGCCCACUAGUGGUCAUUCUCCCUUCUCCCCAUCCAACCCAAGCUCACCAGCUCUCUAUUUUCUGUAUCUAGGAUUUGCUUGUUUUGGGAAUCUCACAGCAAUGGGGUGGUCUUAUAUGGUCUCAUACAACUGGGUCCUUUCAUUUGAUCAAUGUUUUCAAGGUUUGUUGCCUCUCUCAUCCUAAGCAGUAUCCACUGUGUACUUAUUUUUGUUCAGCUUUCUUCACAUAAAAAAUAUCAAACCUGUUUUUUAUUACUUUGUGGUUCCAUUCUUGAUGUGUUUUAAGGACUAUGUCUGCAUCGAAAGCCCUGACGUCCCUCUGCAGUGGAAAUUUCCAACCUUGUCAUUCCAGACGAGGCCAUCCAGGCCCGUGAUCCCCUACUCACACCACCGUCAAAGAUUCAUCUGUUUCCAAAAUCUGAGCCAAGAGAUGACAUGCAACAGUAAUCACAUUAUUACUCAGUUGUUCCCCUGCAGCUAAAUGAAGGUUUUAUCCUGAGGAAGCUGUGACAUCACCUCAAGGGCUGACAAGGCACAGCGAAUGACAUCUCCAUCUGGCUUCUCCCAGGGAGAGGCGGAAGUCACUGUCUCUGUGGCCGACAAAGGGCCACUGUGACAAAGCACAAAGUAAACAAGCCCCCCCUCCAUGCCCGGUCCAUGAUCACACUGGCACUUCUGUGUAGCACACCAGCUACACUCAACAAAGACAGCUCUGCUUUUGCUUCUUACCGCUUACUGGAGGACAUUUCACGUCUGUACGUAAACGCAGGGAAACCAGUGCAGUUCUGAUUAUCUGGCUCAUGACUGCUUGUUUUACAGGCACCUCUGCUCCCCCAGCUCCAUUACCAAAACUUCUUAAUGAAAAUAUUUCCAAAUGUCUACUUGGUUGCCCCUGUCCUGUUCUCCCAUAGAUUUGAUUAUUUUAUCUUGAUUUUCAACAAAUAUUUGGGGAGCAUUACUAUGUAUCCGGCAUGAGGCUGGAUCCUGGGGACACAUAGAUGAAUGUGACAUUAUUUGGAACCAGAACAUUGAUUAUAACAGGAGGCUGGGGCAAGGCCUAUGCUAACUCUUGGCACAGCCUCAUUCGGGUGGUCAGGGGUGGGGUGGGGGUGGUACUGACAAAAU